AAACUUCUCCGACACCCGCUCUAUCCAAGUCAAUCGCAUAUACCAACUCAAUUCAUUAUGUCUUUUCGCGGAGGGGGCCGUGGUGGCUUUGCCACUGGUGCUAAUCGAGGAGGAUCUUACGGUGGUCGCGGUGGUCGCGGAGGCUUCCAGCCGUCAUUCGGUCCGCCCGCGCAGGUUUUGGAGAUGGGAAGCUUCAUGCACGCGUCUGAAGGCGAGCUCGUCUGUGAAUCGAUCAACCCCAAGAUUCCCUACUUCAACGCCCCCAUCUACCUCGAGAACAAGACUCCUAUUGGAAAGGUCGACGAAAUCUUAGGCCCCAUCAACCAGGUGUACUUUACCGUCAAACCUCAGGAGGGCAUUGUCGCGACCUCUUUCAAGGCUGGUGACAAGGUUUUCAUUGGCGGUGACAAACUCUUGCCUUUGGAGAAGUUCCUUCCCAAGCCCAAGCCCCCACCGGGUGCCGCGAAGCCGAAAAGGGUUACCAAGCCUGGUGCUCGUGGUGGUGGAAUGAGGGGUGGACGUGGUGCUCCCCGCGGUGGCAGAGGCGGCGCUCCCCGUGGACGCGGAGGUUUCGGAGGUGGUUUCGGAGGUAGGGGAGGUGCUCCCCGUGGUGGAGGUUUCUCAAGAGGCGGCGGCCGUGGUCGCGGUGCCCCUCGUGGCCGAUUCUAGGCAGUCUCUGUCAUAUCUACUGCUACUGUCUUAUUACGGCGUUUGGGGAAAUUGGGAGCUCUUGCAGGAAACUUUUUGUCCUUUUGUGCAUAUUAGGAAAAGUGUUGGUUGCUUCUAUGUUAAAGCUGUAGAACAUACUGGCCAUUAGUGUACGCAGUGUCAAUCUAUAAUGGUGCUCUAUCUGAAAAAAUCAAGGGGGAAAAAAAAAAGAGGCUAGCAACAAUUAUUUUCCGUAACUGUGGCUAGUGCUUGUGGCGC